CGAAGCAUCUGACGAAGAAGCACAAGUACCACCAACCCAUCUGCAUCUCUCAAGCUCCUCUGGUCGUCGGCGUUCGUGUGACAGAGAGAUUAUGUACACUAUCAAGGUGUUGGUGGCGGUCGUACUAUGUACGACAGGUACGUUGAGCGCACCUCAAAGACCACCGAGCAGCGGCUCCGAGAAAGAUGCAGUCAUUACGUCUCAGCAGCUUGAAGUCAACUUCGACGGCAGCUACGUUAAUAACUUCGAAACGAGCAACGGGAUCAGCCAUCAGGAAUCGGGCCAACCGAAACAAGUGGACAACGAGACGCCGGUAGUCUCGCAGGGCUCGGACUCGUACACGGCGCCGGACGGCCAACAGGUCAGCAUCUCGUACGUAGCGGACGAGAACGGUUUCCAGGUGCAGGGCUCUCACAUUCCCACGGCGCCGCCCAUCCCGCCGGAGAUCCAAAGGGCGCUCGAAUGGAACGCCGCUCACCCCGAGGAGGACGACGGCGGACAGAGGCCAGGGGGAGUGAGAGGUUAAUCAGCCCAACUUUACCUCAAACGUGACCUGAUUCCGAGCCAGCUUGCCAUGGACAACAACCCGACCCCGAGCUUUCGACGCAAACAUAAAAAUAAAUAUAGUGUGGUAUAUUAAUCUAGGAUCUACAAACACACGUAACACACACGAAUCGACAAGGCAUGAGACACCGGUAUAUAAUAAGCUCUUAUGUACUCCUGAGAUUUUCUCAACUUUAUCCUUACCUAUAGAUGGAAAAUGAAAAAAUAAAGCGCACUGUUCUCAGCGGUCUCACGACGGAGGGAUGCCGCGUGCACGCAGAUGCACGCGCGCGCCGCCUCGCACGCGAGAAAGGAAAACGAGAACGACACGCGCGUGUCGCUCAUACGCGCGCGCGUCGACCGUUAAUAGUACAUAAUAUGUAUACUUAACUUGUGAUUUUUGUAUAUAAAUAAAAGCGUUUUGCCCAAGUUGGAAA